AUGGGCUCCGUUCCAAUCUCCUCAAAAACCCUUCGGAUAGGCGUAGAUGUCGGCGGGACGAAUACAGACGGCGUAAUCCUCGAUCCAUCUCGAGCUUCAGAACCAGAAAAAGGCAUCAUAGCAUGGCACAAGUCCCCAACAACUCCAAACCCUAGUGCGGGCAUUAUUUCAGCCAUCCAAACCAUGUUUACCAGCGCUUCCGUAUCACCUGAUUCGAUUGCAUCCGUCACAAUCGGAACCACCCACUUCGUCAACGCAGUCGUCACCCGCGACUCCACCCGCCUCUCAAGCGUCGCGGUUCUCCGUCUCUGUGGGCCCUUCUCCAAACACGCACCCCCUUGCGUCGACUGGCCCGCUGAUAUGCGCCGUCUAAUCCUGGGCUACUAUGCCCUCGUCAAAGGCGGACUUGAAGUCGAUGGCAAUCUAAUCAGCGCCCUCGACGAAGCCGAGAUCAGGCGCGAAUGCGCCAUCAUCAAAUCGAAAGGCAUCAAAAGCGUCGUUGUCAACGGCGUUUUCAGCCCCAUCGACACGAUAGAGAAGCAAGAAGAGCGCGCCGCCGCCAUCAUCCGCGAGGAGAUUCAAGGUGUGGACGUCGUGCUGAGCGCCGAAGUGGCGAAUCUGGGGUUUCUAGAGCGCGAGAACGCGGCGAUUUUGAAUGCGAGCAUUUUGGCAUUUGCCAAGAAGACAAUCAGGAGUUUCCAGGAGCCGAUUCACAAGCUGGGGCUGAAAUGCCCAGUUUUCAUUACGCAGAAUGAUGGGACCCUUUUAAGUGGUGAUGCCGCGGCGAGGCUGCCGAUUAGGACCUUCUCUAGUGGGCCGACGAAUAGCAUGAGAGGCGCGGCGUUUCUGGUGGGGAGUGAGAUUAAGGAGGCUAUGAUGGUGGUUGAUGUAGGUGGAACGACAACGGAUGUCGGUUUGCUGCUAGCAAACGGCUUUCCACGACAGCAAGCUGCCUAUAGUGAGCUGUCUGGCGUGAGAAUGAACUUCUCUUGUCCUGACGUGAAGAGUGUAGGUCUAGGUGGUGGUUCCCUCGUCCGAACCAUUGCAGGAAAAAUGACUGUCGGCCCAGAGUCAGUCGGGUACAAACUACCAGACAAGGCACUUGUAUUUGGCGGCGACGUACAUACAGCCACGGACUACACCGUUGCUUCAGAUCCGUCGCUUGGCAUAGGCAAUGCUUCGCUAGUGGCAAAGAUUACAGCAUCAGAAGCCGCGGAGUAUAAGGCCACUGUAAAUAAAAUGCUAGAAAAGGUCAUCGACACAAUGAAGACGUCUCCCGAAGACCUCCCAGUCCUUCUGGUAGGAGGAGGAGCUGUCAUUGCGCCAGAUACUUUGCUGGGCGCCAGUCAAGUCCUCAAACCAAAGUGGUCUGGGGUAGCCAAUGCGAUUGGCGCCGCCAUGGCUCGAGUGAGUGCAGUCAUUGACACUGUAAAGUCUACCGAAACAAAGAACACGAAGCAAUUGCUGGAGGAGAUCUCAGCCGAGGCCGUAGGAAAGACGGUAGAAGCUGGCGCAAUUCGAGAGUCUGUGAAGAUCGUCGAGGUGGAAACCCUGCCGCUGCAGUAUAUUGCGCAUAAAACACGAUUCAUAAUUCGAGCAGCUGGAGACUUCGAUUUCUCUCGCGCUAGUGACUUUGAGCAUCUUCAUAUACCAGGGAGCGAAGAGGCGGAUGACGAGAUGAAAGAAUUCAACCAAGCGUCGAAAGAGAAAACAGAAAACGAGGUAGAGAGCGUUGUUAAAGAGGAGGAAAUUGAGGCCUACAAACCACGAGUUGAGAACCGGACCUGGUACAUAAGCGAAACUGAUUUGAGCUGGAUCACAAUUGGCUGCUACAUCCUCGGAACGGGCGGAGGAGGUAGUCCAUAUUCCAGCAUGCUUCGGAUGCGCAGUAUAUUGCGGGCAGGUGGUGUCAUAAAAGUGACCAAUCCGUAUGACCUGAAAGACGAUGAUCUGAUCGGCUGCGGAGGAGGUGCUGGGUCGCCAACCGUUGGAAUUGAGAAGCUGCAAGGUGAUGAAAUGUUACAGGCACAAGAGGAACUCUACGCCCUCUUCAAAGGGGGUCGAGCAACCCACAUGAUCGCGCUCGAAAUCGGCGGCGGUAACGGCCUCCAAGGUAUGAUUCUCGGCGCCAGCACGAACAUGGACAUCCCGACCGUGGAUGGCGACUGGAUGGGUCGUGCCUAUCCCACCAAGUGGCAGACUACGCCGGUGGUCUUCGAUGAACGACAGCCCGUCUUCUGCCCAAUCGUUAUGACAGACGGCAAUGGGAACGUCGUGUACAUGCCGAAAGCCAAGAGUGACCUCACCGUGGAAAAGGUAUUCCGAGCAGGCCUUGCGCAAUUGGGCUCGCACGUUGGUUGCGCGGAAGGUCCUGUGACUGGGGCAGAGACGAAGAGGUGGGUAGUCGAGCACACCAUAUCCUUAUCCUGGAGAAUCGGGCGUGCGGUCGCCAAAGCGCGAAAGAAUAAUCGCAUCGACAAUGUAGCAGAAUCAAUUAUCGACGAAGUGGGAGGACCUGAAACCGCACAGGUUCUCUUCAAAGGCAAGAUUGUAGGGGUCGAGAGGACUCUGCGAAUGGGCCACGUCUAUGGCGAAGUCAUCAUCGAAGGUGCUGAUAUCAGCGAUGGAGGUGCGGACAAAGCAUCGGAGUUCUCUGGGAAGAUCAAGAUCCCGUUUAAGAAUGAGAACAUUGCUGCCAUGAAAAUGAAUGAGGAUGGGAGCGAAGACGUGCUCGCAACCGUCCCAGACCUUAUUGCAGUCAUCGAUGCUCAGAAUGGGGAGGCUAUCGGGACGCCUGAGUAUAGGUAUGGUCUACUGGUGACCGUUCUGGGGAUCACAGCGUCAGAUAGAUGGACAUCCACGCCUCGCGGGAUUGAGAUUGGCGGUCCGAAAGGAUUUGGGCUCGAUCAUUUGGAGUAUAAGCCUAUAGGAAAGUUUGUCAAGCCGAAGAGUGUUAUUGAUGAGUAUUCGGUAGACUCAUAGAGGUAAUCACGGUAGGUAAUCCGGUGCCUGGGAACACACAUAUACAUCAAAGAUAUAUUUCUCCGUAUGUAUGCAUUAGAGCGAUUUAAGAUGUCCAGUAGUAAGGCC